CGAUCCCCUUAAAAACCGCUUAACUAUCACCUACAAUAAAAAGAUUUCAGAUUCAAGAUCAAAGUUCCAGGAGAGGAAAAUUGAGUCAUGUUGUUUGUGAUUGCUGGUAUAUGUUUGGCUUUCCUCAGUGGGAACGUCAGUGGCGACUCAGGUUAUACACUGUUCUUCCCAAACAAAGGAGUAACUGAUUAUGUGAAUAUAUGGGGAAUGCGCAGUUUGUCGCAAUUCACUAUUUGCUUUUGGAUGAAGUCAAGUGACACAGCUCCAGGCACCGCAUUCAGUUACAGCGUACCAAGCCGAGAUAACGAACUAAUCGUCUUCAACUAUGAGAACUUAGCUCUGUAUAUUAAUGGGGAUCACAGAUCAACGGGUAUUUCAGCUAACGACGGUGAUUGGCAUCAGAUCUGUGCUACCUGGGAGAACGUUAAUGGUGAAUGGAAACUCUACAAAGAUGGGAAAAUGGAGAAGACUGGGACGGGUCUCAAGACAGGUUACGUGAUUCAAGCGGAGGGAUCUCUGGUGUUGGGCCAAGAACAAGACUCAACUGGAGGAAAGUUUGAUCAGAAUCAGUCAUUCCAAGGAAGCUUGACAAAUGUAAACGUGUGGUCUCAUGUCUUGCCAGAGUCCACGAUCAAGGAAUUGUCAGGAUGCUGCCGUGCCGGCGAAGGAAACGUGUACAUGUGGUCCGAUUUCAUAUAUGCAAUUAAGGGAAAUCCACGUCUUGUAAUCCCACCAACUUGUAAAUGUGUUUACUAGAUUGAACAGAGGCUUUUUUGUCAAAAUUGAAUUUAGCCUGUAAGUUGUAAACAACAUUUAGCUGAUUUAAAACAAAGGCGAUAAGAGUCUUAUGUCUAACGUAGUAUACAGCAGAACUGCAUAAACAGUAAAAGGCAUAAUCAAAUGUAACUGGAAUGUAAGAGAGAAACUAGUCUUGAAUUUAUAAUAUAUGUUGUACUCCUCAACACUGUCGUUGGCCAUUUAAGCGGAAAUUGAAAUAAACAGCUCUAGCUAUUAGGACAAGCUA